AUGCUCGCCGAUAUCAAUACCUCCUCGACGGACUAUCUCAACCCUCCCACUGCACCCUUCGCCAGCGGUAUCCGAGGAUCGAAGGAUAAUCUGUCCGUUGGGUCGAGUGCGACGAGCAACCUCUCGCUGAGCGUCAACUAUCUCCCGCAGAAGUUUUCGUCGUCGAUCAUCUCGCCUGGAGGUGCACGGUUUAGGGGCGCGAAGAAAGAUGGGCCGUCGUUGCCGAAGAGGGGUGGGGGGCUAAACGCCUUCAAGAGUAAUGAAGCGCGGAUGCCGCAGGGGAGGAAUAGGCUGAGAUGGAACAAGUUCAAGUGGACGUUGCUCGUCACUAACACCCUGCUCAUGCUCUACUCCCUCGCCGGCCUCGUCACCUGCCUCCUCAUCUGGUUCGACGUCUGGGAGCACGCAGACGUUAUCCGCACAGGCAACCAGCCCGAGCUCGUCCUAUCCACCUUCGCCGCCUGCCUCGGGGUCUUCACCUCCGUCAUCGGGUGGGCCGGCAUCCUGCUCAACAACCGCGGCUUUCUCGCAUGGUACACCUUCCUUACCUGGAUCGCCUUCGCCUUCCUCGUCACGCCGGGGUACAUAACCUAUAAGAAACGCACGUUCAACCUCGAGGGCAAGAUCAACGCGCAGUGGUCGCGCGAUCUCGGGUCGGAGGGGCGCAUGAGGAUCCAGAACCAGCUAAGGUGCUGUGGGUACUUCAGCCCGUUCAUCGAGGCGACGGUCAGCCAGACGUGCUAUGCAAGGAGCCUCCUGCCCGGAUGCAAGCUGCCGUAUUUGCAGUUCGAGCGGAAGAUCUUGAAGUAUUGGUACUCGGCGAUCUUCCUGCUCGUACCGCCCCAGCUGCUGGUCAUGCUCGCGGGUCUGUUGUGCUCGAACCAUAUCACGUAUCGGUUCGGGAAGGGUAUGAUGCCCGAGGCGUACCGUCUCAAUCUCAACACGAUGGCCGUUAUCAUGGAGAACUACGCCAAUGAACUCGCAGACCAAUAUGGCCAAGAUAUCGCCGCCGAGGUCCUCAAGCGCUCUCGGUCAAACCUGCAGCAGAUGCAAGGGCUGCCCACCGUUCCGUACGCAGGUCAUGCUACCCCCCAGGUCGAACACUCGCCCAUGUCGCCCUUCCCCGCGAAAUACGACGCGCUGAAUACUCGCGCACCUCCUACGCCGCUCUGA